AUGGGUGCCGUCCUCUGCGGCGUCUCGUCCUCCGAAGAGAGGAGGAGCUCCUCUCACCGGAGCGGCGGCGGCGGCGGUGGUCGUCGUGGUGGCAACAACAGCCGGUUUGCAGACCUAGACGACAGACAGUCCCGCCGCUCGGCUCCCCGGAGGUGGGAGCGUGGGAAUAUUGCGAGGAACUAUGCGAGGCUGGAUGAUAGGACGAUCGGCGAACGUAGUAGAGGGGCCAUUCCUGGAACCACGACUACAGAGAACAACGUCAACAUUGCCAAGAUUGCCUGGCUCAGCAGGAAGGAUACAAGCAAGGCCUACGGCUCGAUAGUCGUUUACGUGACGAAGGUCAAGAUGGCUUCUUCUUCCGCCUUUAACAAUUACAUCGUUGACUCCGCUAUGGGGCCUACCUGCAGCCGGCAAGUUCCUCCAGGCUCCUUUGGCGUGCCCGCUGCGCGCGGGCACGGUCACUCCUGUCGAUGGGCUGUGCCAAGCCCGGCUUUCCUCCGAUAA